AUGUCGUCCAGUGGCAAAAUUUUGGCACAGAAUGGUAAGAAUUCCAAUCAUCCAAACAAUGAAAGUGGCCUUUCAAAUGAUCUGGAUAAAGUGAAAGAUAAUUCUAUAUCGUCAUCUUGUUUGGCUGAUCCUGUCUGGGACUUAUUAGAUCCUAUACCUGAUAUCAAGUUACUUUUCAUAUCAUUUGAUAGCCAGUUUUUUGGAAAUACACUUGGUGCUGUAGAAGAUCGUGAUGACCAUGGACCCAAUUUCAAAUCACAUAUGCAUCGUAUAAAUUCGUUAGCUGGUUUAAAUAUAACGGUCUACCAUUCAUUUCAUGAUGAAGUUGACGCAUAUCGAACACACUGGUGGCGCUGUACAGGGCCGUGUCGUAGUCGUCCACCAUAUUUUGGUUAUGUUAAGCGUUCAAUGAAUAGAGUGCCAGGUCCAAAGGAUAUGUGGUGGGGUCAGCAUCAAGCUACGUGUACAGGUACAUUUAUAAAAAUUAGAGAACCAGAGAAAAAGAUCCCAUCAAAGCGAAAAACAACAGCUGAACCUCAAUCAGAAAAUCAGAUCAAGCAAAAAAAACAAGCUAAAGGUGGUGAUAUUCGGAACUUUAUUAACAUCAACAGUGAGGAUGAAACUCCGUAUCAGAUUAUCCUAGUCACUCAGGAAGUAGCCAAAGCAGUUCUUCGUCUAAACACGUUUGGCCUAGUGAUGAUAAGGUCAUGUUUUUGGUGGUGGUGUUGUGUUGGUGGUGAUUUGUUAUCUCAUCGAGUGAAUAAAUCGACUGAGGUGAAAUCGCCUACCAGUGGAACAGAAAAACAAGCUAAAGGUGGUGAUAUUCGGAACUUUAUUAACAUCAACAGUGAGGAUGAAAACUCCGUAUCAGAUUAUCCUAGUCACUCAGGAAGUAGCCAAAGCAGUUCUUCGUCUAAACACGUUUGGCCUAGUGAUGAUAAAGGUCAUGUCCUUGGUGGUGGUGAUUUGUUAUCUCAUCGAGUGAAUAAAUCGAUUGAGGUGAAAUCGCCUACCAGUGGAACAGAAAAACAAGCUAAAGGUGGUGAUAUUCGGAACUUUAUUAACAUCAACAAUGAGGAUGGAAAUUCCGUGUCAGAUUAUCCUAGUCACUCAGGAAGUAGCCAAAGCAGUUCUUCGUCUAAACACGUUUGGCCUAGUGAUGAUAAAGGUCAUGUCCUCGGUGGUGGUGAUUUGUUAUCUCAUCGAGUGAAUAAAUCGAUUGAGGUGAAAUCGCCUACCAGUGGAACAGGUAAUGUGACAAAUGUGUCUUGUCCAUGUUGUACUUGUAUUAUUUCUCUUUCUGAGAUUAAUGAACACUUAGAUUCGUGUCUUUCGUGAAAGUGUAAGAUUUACAGAGAUUUCAGAAUAUAUAUUUUCUAAAAAAUAUAACUGCGUUGUUUUUAUUAUUUAGUGAAUCUGUUAACUUUGAAUUAUUAUUAGGGUAUCGGUAGUUUUUCGAGUAAUAAUUCGUCGUUUUGCACGAUUCUGUCUUAUUUCGAUUGUGUUAGCUUCUUUGAGCUGGUUGAUUUAAUUGUGGAGCUUUCGUUGUUUUUCUAGAAAACAUCUUCAGCGGGUAUUUUGUUUGAAAUAACAUAUUUGAAUCCCUCUUGAAUGAUAUAAUUAUAUCCCUUGACAACCAUUAUGGUGAUUUUUUGUUAAUUUAUUUACUUCCCUGUUGAUUAUUUUUAUUGAAGUGGAAUCUGAACUGAGUUACUAUUUAAUUUAUUUUUUACUAGUUAGUAAAUUUGAUCUACAGCAGUGUGUUUGUAAACGACUGAAUCUUCUGAGUACCAGUUUUCUGGAAAUUCCUCGGGAUUUUUGGUAUUUCCUCAUUAUAAAAUUUCUACAUUAUUUCAGUCACAUUCGUAUCUAUAAUUAUCUACACAAAUCGAUAUAAAAGAAUACAUAUCGUGCGGUUUUGCAGCUAAUUUUUCUUCUUUCAUUCGGAGUCGAAUGAGACGCCCACUUUGAGCGAUUUAGCGUUUAUCACAGUUCAUGGAGUUC